AUGAAGCAUGCCGUGGUGAACCUACCAAAGCUGCAACCAGAUGAAUACGUAGAACACAACAUACUUCCUCGAAAAUUAGCAGAAAAGAAUCGCGAGCUACGUCUGCGUGCUCUGUUGAUCGCUCCUGAGGAGUUCGCUUCCACAUACGAAGUAGAGGUAGAAAGAGGAUUGACACAUAUACUGGACCGUCUGGGGAACAGCCAGGCUGACCACUUUUUUGCGAUUGAAACGCAUGCAGAGUGGAACAUCCAAGGGAAUCGGAAUAUCUUCGAGGAGCUGCUCAGGGUGCGAUGGAUUGGCAUGAUUGUUCUUAUCGGACCACAGGGACCAUCGUCUCCCUCAGCCACGGCCGACCCACUGGCGCAAGAGACAGACCGUACAACAAAGGUCCAGCUCUCCGCAACUGCGAAUGGCCAGACACUGCGCUACCACCUGAGUGACAUGUUCGUUGAGCCUGUCGCGCAGAGGCAAGGCAUCGGGAAGGCGCUGAUCGAAGCAGCACUUGGGAAGGCAAGAGGAGUAUGCCGGCAGCAAGACGCCAGCUUUCAUUGCAGCAUCUUUGUCGACUCAGAGAACUCAGCAGCGCGAAGUCUGUACCAGAAUAUCGGCUUCACGGCAGUUGGAGAAGAAUCAUACGUCCAGCUGUCGCGGAGGAAGGCGGGAGAGCCGCGGACGAAGACACCAGAGCGUAAGGCCAUCCAGAUGGAGAUCACAUGA